AUGCGAACUAGCAUUCCAGAGUUUAAUGGUGACACUUUGAAUCCAGAGAAUUUCAUUGAUUGGCUUGUUGUGGUUGAAGAGGUGUUCGAGUUCAAAGAGGUUCCCGAAGACAAAAGGGUUCCUUUGAUCACUACCAGGUUACGUGGUAGGGCAUCUGCUUGGUGGCAGCAACUGAAACUGUCUCGUGAAAGGAUGGGAAAGUCAAAGGUCACAACCUGGAGGAAGAUGAAGAAGUGCAUGAGGGCAAACUUUAUUCCUCAUAAUUAUCAGUGUUUAAUGUACCAGCGGUUAGAGAAUUUAAAGCAGGGAUCCAAAAGUGUUGAAGAUUACACAACAGAGUUCUAUCAAUUGGUGGCUCGAAAUGAUAUUCAAGAGACUGAAGAUCAACUUGUCUCUCGUUACAUUGGUGGUCUAAGGCUUUCGAUUAUGGAGUCUGUGAAUUUGUUUGAUCCGUUGACUAUUUCUGAUGCACAUCAGCGUGCCAUGGUUUUUGAAAAGCAAAACCGACGUAGUGGUGGUUCAGCCUCAUCUGCCUUGACAAGAGGUAGUUCGGGUUCGGGCAAUGUGGCGUCUCGUUUUGUGCCCAACCAAGCAAAACCGGGUGGUGGCACUUCUAGAUCUGGAUCUAAAGGGGCCGGUACUAGUAACAUGAAAUGUUUUAAUUUUGGAGAGACGGGUCAUUGCCAGGCAGAGUGUAAGAGGGCUCGGAAGAGACACUUGUAUAACGAACCUGAUGGAUGGGAAGAUGAUGAUGAAGUUGGUGAGACUUAUGAAGACAGCCCGCUUUAUGAUGAGGAGCCUGAGUAUGGAGAAGAGGAGGUGGCUGGAAUUGUGGGGUUGAGUCUGGUGGUUAGGCGCUCAUGCUAUACACCGAAGGCCAGUGAUGAUGAUUGGCUUAAGCAUAACAUCUUCCAUUCGACAUGUACUGUGUUGGGAAAGGUUUGUACCUUUGUUAUUGACUCAGGGAGUUGUGACAAUCUUGUUUCUGAGGAGGCUGUCAGAAAGCUAGGUUUAAAGGUGGAGAACCAUCGUAAACCUUAUAAGCUCCAGUGGCUCAAGAUGGGAGGCGAGGUACAAGUCAGUAAGCGUACCCUUGUUUCUUUUUAUGUUGGUAAAACUUAUAAGGAUGAUGUGUGGUGUGAUGUGGUACCUAUGGAUGCUUGUCAUUUAUUGUUGGGGAGGCCUUGGGAAUAUGAUCGAUGCGUAGAGCAUAACGGGCGUUCUAAUACCUACAGUUUUAUGUUUGAUAAUGUGAAGAUAACUUUGUUGCCUAAUAAACCUAAGGAAGUAGCUGCCAAGCCUACUGGUACCAUGUUGACUCUUUCUCAGUUUGAGAACGAAUUGGAGGUGGGAGAUGAUGUUUUUGUGUUGUUUGGUAAGGAAGUGGUUGACGGGGUUAACAUUCCUGAUGCUAUGGUUCCUUUGCUUGAAGAAUUUUCUGAUGUUUUCCCUGAUGAAUUGCCUGAUGGAUUGCCACCUUUGCGUGAAAUCCAACAUUGUUGGACCCAUGGAAACUUAAUACUUGCAAAAUUUAAACCCGUUGCUUAA